AUGCCACGGCAGCUUGUGUGGUUUCUGUGGCUGUUGGGCGCCGCGAAUUGCAUCAGGUCGACUGUUUUCCAGCCUUCGCCGGAGGUCUACAAUGGCACCACCACCCUCGAGGAGCAGGCCACUGCCGGCCGAGACGACCCUGAUAGAACCAGGUUAUUCAACAACAAUGGGUACAAACGGCCUUUAAUUAUUGACAGUGCAAUUGCUGGAGGUGGUAAUUUGGGAGCAUGGAGACCACCACCCCCGGUUUCUCAACCCUUUUUCAGGCCACGACCACCAAAUAUAAACGUCAUUCCUCCUCCACCAACAGUAUACGACCCUGAAGGGUUGGACAAAUAUUAUCAAGUGGGAUUCCAGGGUGGCGGAUUUCAACCGGGUUUUCAGGGUGGCGCCUACCCUGGUGACUUCGUCAACCCCUACCCUGCUUAUGGAGGGGGCGGUGGUGACCAAUGCAACAUUAUAGGGCCGCUAAUUUCCCUGAAAAAGGCCCUGUUCACGGUGGUAAAGAUUGCCGCCGUCAAGCUGCCAGUGCUGGCGCUCAAGUUUCUAACCAAGGCGUUUGCUUUUAUCGUUCUUAUCGGACCUCUUCUCCUCCCGUUGCUCCUUCUAUUUCCAGUUCCUGUUUAUGGUUUUGCAAACAACGGGUUCAACUUAAACACAGGUUUUGGCAACAACUUUGCCAAUCAAAAUCCAAAUAAUGUGAAUAACAAUCCAAACAAUGUGAACGGCAACAUUAACAACAACAACAACCUGAACAGAAAUCCGAACAACAACAACUUGGGCAGACUCCCAAAUCAGAAUUUGAACAACAAUAAUCUUAACGUGGGACGAAGCAUUCAGAAAAGGGCUCUGUCGGUGAUAGCGAAAGGACCGUGCUUUCCAAGAGCCGCCUGCGAAAUGGGUUUCUGGGGAUACCAGACCCAGGUUGCAUGGAUUUUAGAUCACGUCCACGAGUCUUUAAAGCCCACAUUUCCCAAACUAUUCAACUUGUGGCGAGUGGCUUAUCAUCAGGGCGGCGAAGGAAGAGACUGUCCGGCACUGUACACAUGCCCAACAAUUGACAAAGUGGUUGUCUUGGCGAAGCAGCACAACCUUUUGCCAGAGAUAGUUUAG